CCACGAUAAAAUUACUAGCAGUCGCCAAGAGGUCGUCGCUCAAACCGCCGCGGGUUUCCUCCAAGUCGUGGUUACGGCAAUGGUGGUACCUGACUGGUUGCCAGGGUAUGGCGGCCGCUUGCGAGCCGCCGCCCCAAGCACAUCCCUGACACCGUGGUAUGGGGCGCUGAUUGGCUAGCUCGGCGGCUGUUAGGACAGGGGGGACGUGUCAGGAAUUAAUAGAAGUAGCUUUUGAGGUAGGGCGCGUGAGAAGGUGAGUCUAGGCAAAUCAAGUCUUGGUGGAGAAUCUAAAUUUGUAGGUCUGGAUCUCGAUCGCGGUCUGGUGAGGUAGGUAUAAGAGUUGGCGAGUUUCCGCAAGUUAAGUUUUUGGAUCAGCAGCUUCUUUCAUUGUCAAUCUUCUUCAGUCUUCAGUCCAUUCUUACGAUUUCCUUUUCGGGUCUUGUUUUUGGGUCGGUCUCCUUACAAACGGUCUCUUCUUGUCUCUAUCUCUCAGUCUUGUUUUCGCUCAGACUUUAUUUACACCACGACUUGAUUUGCUUUGAUAGCAUCACACUCUCUCUAUCGAUUGAUUCGAUAUCCCUCGUUCUCCAAAAGUUCAACAAAAAAAACAGUUCGCCAUUAAACUCACGAUCACUAUAACGACAUAACAUCAACACGGUGCCUUCAUCACUCUUUCUCAGACGCACCUCAUCCAGACCCAACGUCUUCCCCAAAGCUCUGCGCAUAAACACCAACUUCUCAACCCACACUCCCUCAAAAAAACCAACCAUGCCUGCUCCCCAAUACGGCGCCCUCGGCGCGUCCUACACCGUCGCCCGCGGUCUCCAGGGUGUCUCUCUCAUCUCCAUCAUCGGGAUGACCGCGAACUUCAUCGCGCAAAUGGUCUCCUCCAAGACCAAUCCCCCUAACGUCCUCAUCGGGACUAUCGCCGUCACCUGCAUAGCAGUCCUCUACUGCGCAAUUUCCUACAUCCUCUUCUGGGACCGCCACCUUCCCUUCCUCAUCGCAACCGGUCUCGACUCCGCCCUCCUCAUCGCCGUCAUCGUUGUCGCCGUCACCAUCGGCAAGCCCCUUUCCUACCUCGACUGCAAGGUCCUCUCCAAGGAUGGCGGGAGCGCUGAAGCCUUCUUGUCAUCUGUCGGCGCCAAUAUGGGGAAGGUCGAUUAUUUCGUCUGGGCCGGGGCGGAUAGUUUGACUUGCUACGAGAUGAAGAGUAUUUGGGGUCUGAGUAUUGCGCUCUGUAUCCUUUUCGCCUUGUCGGCGGCGAUGAGCGCGCUUUUGUGGAAGAGGACUAAGGGUGGAUUCACUGACCUCGAGAAGUGAGAAGUGGUUCUGGGAGCCACUUCUAGCUGGCCCGAAAUCCCAACCUCGAAGUUGGCUGCUCGGGCGGUGGAGUCGCACAAAAGCCCUUUGAGCAAGUGAAGGAGGUGGACGUCUUUCUCAAAAGUUCAACAUCGAAAACAAAACAAAACACCACAAAAAAAACGGUACCAGGUUGUGUUAUACUCCGCUCUUACAGUGGGGGGCUCAUGAUGAGUCGGUCGGAUGGAUGAACGGUCUGUUUUUGUUUUUUGCUCUUUGCUUUUUUCGGGGAUAAUGGUAAUAACGUGCAUCGCUCCAUCGAGGGACGCACCCAGUGGCGAGAUAGAUAUUAGUACUUUGAAU